AUGCCCAGGUUCAACAUGCCAGCCAGGCAAACUCCGGCUGAACAGUCCAACGGAUCCGGGGACGGGCUUAUCCAUGGCUCUCUGGCCAGUUCGACAGAUGAGCGCACAACCAUCACCCACAGCAGCAACAAUGGCAAUGCGAUGAUGGCAAACUGUUAUUAUGCAAACAAAUUACAUGGCGGAUAUUUCACUGAGGGAAAAUAA